ACGUGGAGGACUCACCUGCUAUUGCGAACAGGCGCUGCGGCGGACACCUCUGCCUUCUCUCCGGGGUCCUUCUUGUAGAUGAAGGAAAGAUGGCGGCCUCCGUGUUCUGCAGCAGGACGUCAAUGUUGUGUCGGUCUCUUCGGGGACUGUCCUGCGGUAAAAAUGUCCUUUCUGCGUCCUCUCGGAGCUGCGUCCUCCUGCAGACAGCCUCCUACAACCCCAGACCGCUGAAGCUGAACCUCCGGGAGCCGUACAUCCCGGACAAGGACAGUCCGAAGACCCCGGAGUGGCAGAAGACGGUCCGGUACGACGCGAAGCUGUUCGGCCGGUACGGCUCCGCGUCCGGCGUCGACCCCGCGACCCUGUGGCCCAGCGACGAGGAGCUGGAGCGGAUCAUCGAGGACGAGAAGCAGUGGCAGCCUCCGUUAGAGACGAUGCAGAGAGACAUCGAGGCCCGGGAGAGAGCGGAGGCCAAGAAGCGGCUCGAGAAGGAGAAGCUCAUCGCGGCCAACAUGGCCAAAAUGCCUCAGAUGAUCGCCGACUGGCGCCGAGAGAAGCGCGAAGCCAAGCAGAAGAUGAAGGAGGAGAAAGCUCGCCGUGCGAAGCUGCUGGUGGAGGCCAGAGAGCGUUUUGGCUUCGCGGUGGACCACCGCAGCCCCAAGUUCCUGCAAAUGGUCGCUGAACUCGAAAAGGAAGAGAAGAAGAAGAAGAAACUACUGAAACGCAGACUGAGAGAGGAGCAGGCGGCGGCACCCACUGUGGCACCUCCUGUCACACCUCCUGCCGCCUCCUCGUAGUCUGAGAGUCAUUUCAGACAUAAGAGACACGAGACGGGAGCGUCCUGCAGCUCAGCGGGACAUUUCGAAGUAUCUGAGUAACGUUUUUGUUUUGCGUUACCUUUAAAGAAAACAUUUCAGAUUUUUUUUCUUCUGUAAAAAACUGAACGUGUGAAUUUUUCCAUGAUCUCUCCAUGUAUUAAAUUAAUUUGUUUACAAACUAUAUUUUGUCUUAAGAUAAAUAUCAACGUGACGACAAAUGACAGAAUUGUUAGAAUUUGUGUAAUCAAGAUAAAACACAGGCUUUUAUGUGUAGAAUUUAUUUGUGCAAAAAUAAUUUUUAUACAUUCAGAAGUGUUUGGAAAGCGCACGCACCAUCCAGAAAUGGAAACACUGAAUUAUUUUGAUUGAUUCAAACUCACCAAGAAGUGAGAUCAGAUCAGCAGUAAACAGUCAGAUUCACCUCUUUGACGUGCACGUCCGUCACGAACACAGAGGACGGGACAAAACGCACGACAACGCAGAGUUCAGCUGCAGACUGUGGGUCCGAAGAGUCUGCACGCCACUUCACCAUUUUCUAAAUUAGCUGCUUUUAUGGCGCUGUGAGUGGAAUACUACAGAGGAGGAUACAGCCAAAUUGGAAAAAAAACCAAAAAAAACAUUGACAUUUUGAAAAU